AUGGCCUACCGGUUUUCGUCAAGGACGAAACGUAUUCUCUUAUGCUUAAAAUUCAUUGGCCUAGCCAACAGCGCAAGCGCACCUAUUUCCGCAUCAUGGUCAAAACGGACUUUCGGUCCCGAUGGGCCGUGGCCGGCGAUCGAAAUAAAUAUAGCGGAUAACCAAACGAUUACGAUAUAUCCAGGCAAUCAAAGCCCUUUGGCUUAUGUCUUCACGGACGAGUACUGCGAUAAUAAUUUAACUUCGCCUUGCUUUCCAGCACAGGCAGGCCUCUAUAAUGUUGACGAGUCAGCCUCAGUUUCCCCUGAAUCCGACUCCGGAUUUUGGCAGAGUUACAUGAGCGGUGUAGAUGUUGAGAGCAUUACCUAUCGUUUCCGGGCCGAUACGGUGGAUUUUCAAAAGGGGAUGCCUAUUCCUAAUGUCAUGAUGUUACCCAUGAAUGCUUCCUUUGCGGAAUAUCCUGAUGGAACCUGGUAUCCUCUAAGCGUGGGCUGUCUAGGCCUAGGAUCAGCGCGACAAGGAGAAGGGGGCGGAUUUUUCUCGACUACCAAUGCUACCAAUACGACUAACGUCAACACUUCUACUAUCCCUGGGUAUCUAUCGGAUCAUGAAUAUAUUUCGUCAAACUCAUUUGGAAUGCAUUUGGGUUCGUCGUAUCCGAAGAUGGAUGGCUCUCUAUACCUUGGAGGAUACGACCAAAAUCGACUAAUCGGAGAUGUCAUGACCAUUGGACACACCAGCUUUCUCGCUCCGCAAGUCGCUCUGGAAGAUAUAUCAAUCCAGGUCGUAGAGGGUGCUUCACCAUGGGGGUUCACGACCCGAGACGGCCUCUUACGACAAGCAAACGAUACUAUCUCUCCAGAUGGUCUUCUCAUGUAUGUGGACUCGUGUUCACCAUACUUUUCUCUGCCUAAAUCCACCUGCGACGCUAUCACCUCAUACCUACCUGUGACGUAUAAUGAGAAGUUGGGAUUGUAUUUCUGGGACACCGACAGCGCAAACUAUUCAAAAAUCGUUUACUCAGCAUCCUCGCUUGUGUUCACCCUCCAGCCAUUUAAUAUCGACAAUUCGACCAAAUCCGAGAAUAUCACUAUCUCGGUACCUUUCCGCCAUUUGAACCUUACCUUGGAACCACCAUUAGUCCCAACAACCCAACAAUACUUCCCGUGUUACACCGGAACGGAACGAUCCGUCUAUACAUUAGGCCGCGCGUUUCUCCAAGAUGCCUUCUUGGGCGCUAACUGGGACUCAGAUACGGAGUGGCUAGCCCAAGCCCCUGGUCCUAAUGUCAGGGAUGCCUCAAUCGUCGAGAUAGGCGCUGGCGACAUAUCUAUAGGGUCAAGCAGCAUGGAUUGGAAAGAGUCGUGGUCGGGGCAUUGGAAAGCACUUACCCCUGAAGAGGCGGCCGCGACUACAAGUAUAUCACCACCGAUACCUACAAACACAGCUGGAUCGGGCAUUGACAAGCUUCCGUUGCCGGCCAAAGCGGGAAUCGGAAUGGGUGUGGGAGUAUUUUUGCUACUCCUAGGGUUUUUCACCGCUUGGAAAAUAGUUCAGUCUAGGAAACAGAGGAACAAAGUUCCUACGGAUAUCGCGACAGAUUCAGAAGAGACCCCGAUCGAAAAGCCACAAUUACAUCCAGACCGUAUCUCUAGUCCCAGUCCUUACCAGAUGGAAGACAACCAGCGCCCUAUCGAACUUGCGCAAUGCGAAAUAAUAGAGUUGGAGGAUACCCAGAUUCACGACGACAAGAAAACUAACUCCAUAGACAAUUUUUCCGUUUCCCCUGAAAAACCUACUUCUAUGGUGGAUUAA